AUGUCUGCCCAGGCAUACGAUCAAAAGGCAGAACACGUCUCUAUAUCUCCCCUACUUCAAAAGCUUGCCUACCCCACCAGAGAGCUUCCGGUUGACGCAGCAGAUAUUGCCUCAGCGUUUGCAUUGAUUUUCGAGGAUCACCUCUCUCCUAUUCAAACGGCAGCUUUGCUGACGCUUUUGCAUUCUACCGGGAAAGACCGAGAUGCAGAGGUCAUUGCCAAAUGCUCUCGCCGAAUGAGGGAGGCUGCCCUUCAGGUCGAUAGGCCGACACUGAUGCAGACUAUUAAAGCUCGUGGGAAGAGGGAAGGCACCUAUAAAGGUGGCCUGUGCGAUAUCGUUGGGACCGGCGGAGACUCUCACUCCACGUUCAAUAUUUCUACGACUGCUUCCAUCAUUGCGUCGCCGCUGGUCAUGAUGGCCAAACAUGGUAACCGGGCUCAAACCUCCUUCUCUGGGUCCGCCGAUGUUCUCAAUGCUGUUGCGCCGGUUCCUCCGAAUAUCUCUGCCGUCUCCGCCAAAAAUAUUGCGCAGGUAUACGCAGAAACUAAUUAUGCGUUCUUGUUUGCACCCAACUUCCACCCCGGCAUGAUGUACGCCAACCCUGUUCGCCGCGGAUUAGGUUUACGAACAAUCUUCAAUCUCAUGGGCCCCUUGGCCAACCCUGUUGAUUGGGCCCUGGAGGCCCGUGUUGUUGGCGUGGCUUACCAGAGUCUCGGCCCUGUCUUUGCAGAAGCUUUACGACAGACUGGAUGCAGAAAGACUCUGGUUGUCUGCGGUGAGGAGGAUAUGGAUGAGAUCAGCUGUGCGGGGAAGACAAACUGCUGGAAACUCUCCGAGUACCCGAAUCCGGCUUACACGGGCUCGGAUGAAUGCUCCUGCGAUGACGAGGAGGAAAGCUCAGGGCAAAUUCCGCGUUCUUUGGUGAAAUUGGAAACUUUCCAGCUGCAUCCAUCUGAUUUCGGCCUUCCAACUCACCCGCUGACUGCAGUUUAUGGAAGAAAAAUGCCCAAAGACAAUGCCGCCAAGCUCAUGAGCAUCCUCCGCAACGAGUUACCUCCUGAUGACCCGAUCCUGACCUUCGUCCUCAUGAAUGUGGCGGCCCUUUUGGUAACAUCUGGUAUCUGCGAGGCCGACACUAGCAAUAUGGGCCCCGGUGAUGAUGGCCAGGUAGUUACCGAACGUGGACCUGGUGGAGGACGUUGGAAGGAGGGUGUCCGGAGAGCACGUUGGGCCGUGGAGAGCGGUGCAGCUCUCAAAUCGUUUGAAAAGUUCAUUGAAGUUUCCAAUAAGCUCCAGUAG